UCCCCGAAGCGGGGAAUCCGCCCCAACAGCCCGGCAUCCAGGCCCCAUCAGUAUUUGGCUGGAGGGUGGGGCAUUGAGAGAGGAAAAGAGAAAGCAAGUUUAAAGAUAAUGAUUACCCACAACAGAGAAGAAAAGAAGGCCCUUCUUUGAACUUUUAGAACGACCAUAACAACCACCACCCUGCCCCCCAACACCUUUUAAAAUUCUGGCCUCUCCUCCCUUCCCCUCCCCCGUCUAUCCCGUCUAGUUGGCGCACAGUGACCAGACUUUGGCCGGAAGGCGAGGGAUGAAUUUCGAUGCUGUCAGCCCAGCUCACAUGGUGAGCGUGGCUUGAGCCUGGCUGGAUGUCUAGGAGACAGGCAGCGGAGGCAGCAGCAGCAGCAGCAAUAGCGUCUUCCUGCUCUCUGUUAUUUCACCAAACCUUGGGAAUACCGCCGGGCAGAGUAAACAUUACAACUGCUAAUCACUAGCUCUGAAAGAAAACAGCACUUCACUUGGGGAUCUGGGCAAAAUCAGCCCUCCUGCCUCCGCCUCCCUCCCCCCUCCGCUCCUUCGCUAGCUCGCUCAACCCGGCGGCAGCUGAUUAGAGAGCUGGGAACAUUCCCCCGCUGGCUCGUUCGCUCUCUCUCCCUCUCUUUGUUUCUCCCUUCUUUUCUUUCCCCUUCUCUGCUCCUCUCCACAGUUUCUCGCCCCUCUCCGGGUCUCUGCUCCCUUGGGAAGGGGGGGGGGAGGUCCCUCCUCCAAGGCUGGAGCUGACGAGCCGCUACCCGGCUCAAUCGCCUCCCCUCAGCCCGGCUUUCUCCAGGGGGCAUUUCCACAGCAGCGGCGAGGGCGAGGAGCAGAAAGUUGUGGGGCUCCUGCGAAGAUGGGACUUUCUUCUUUAACCUUCCGUUGGGCGCUCCUCACCCUGGCGCCGGCUCUCACGGUGUUGGCGUUCCCAGAUGAGACCCUGGACAAAGUCCUCAAGUCCGAGGGCUACUGCAGUCGCAUCCUGCGCGCCCAGGGCACUCGCCGGGAGGGCUACAAUGAGUUCAGCCUCCGGGUAGAAGGGGACCCGGAAUUUUAUAAGCCGGGUAACAGUUACCGGGUGACUCUCUCUGCUGCUACUCCCUCCUACUUCAGGGGUUUCACCUUGAUUGCUCUCAAAGAGAACAAAGAGGGAGAUAAAGAGGAAGACCAUGCUGGGACUUUCCAGAUCAUAGAUGAAGAAGAAACACAAUUUAUGAGUAACUGCCCUGUAGCUGUCACCGAAAGCACACCACGGAGGAGGACACGAAUUCAGGUUUUUUGGACGGCUCCACCUGCUGGUACAGGCUGUGUGAUUCUAAAGGCCAGCAUUGUGCAGAAGCGCAUAAUUUACUUUCAAGAUGAGGGCUCUCUUACCAAGAAACUCUGUGAACAAGAUUCAACAUUUGAUGGGGUGACUGAUAGACCGAUCUUAGACUGUUGUGCAUGUGGAACUGCUAAAUACAGGCUCACAUUUUAUGGAAAUUGGUCAGAAAAGACUCACCCAAAGGAUUACCCACGACGGGCCAACCACUGGUCAGCCAUUAUUGGUGGAUCACACUCCAAGAACUAUGUGCUGUGGGAAUAUGGAGGUUAUGCUAGUGAGGGAGUUAAGCAAGUUGCAGAACUGGGAUCUCCAGUCAAAAUGGAAGAAGAAAUUCGGCAGCAGAGCGAUGAGGUUCUCACCGUCAUUAAAGCCAAAGCACAGUGGCCAGCCUGGCAGCCUCUCAAUGUGAGAGCAGCACCAUCAGCAGAAUUCUCUGUGGAUAGAACUCGACACUUAAUGUCCUUCCUGACCAUGCUUGGUCCUAGCCCAGACUGGAAUGUUGGCUUGUCUGCAGAAGACCUCUGUACCAAGGAAUGUGGCUGGGUUCAGAAAGUGGUCCAAGACCUAAUUCCAUGGGAUGCUGGCACUGACAGUGGAGUAACCUAUGAGUCACCCAAUAAGCCAACAAUUCCUCAAGAGAAAAUCCGGCCUCUGACAAGUUUAGAUCACCCUCAGAGUCCUUUCUAUGAUCCUGAGGGAGGUUCCAUCACUCAAGUAGCAAGAGUUGUCAUCGAGAGAAUUGCAAGAAAGGGGGAACAAUGCAACAUCGUGCCUGAUAAUAUUGAUGAUAUUGUGGCUGAUCUGGCUCCAGAAGAGAAAGAUGAAGAUGACACCCCUGAGACCUGCAUCUAUUCCAACUGGUCCCCAUGGUCAGCCUGCAGUUCAUCCACAUGUGACAAAGGCAAGAGGAUGCGACAACGCAUGCUGAAAGCUCAGCUUGACCUCAGCGUUCCAUGCCCUGACACCCAAGACUUCCAGCCAUGCAUGGGUCCUGGCUGCAGUGAUGAAGAUGGCUCCACCUGCACUAUGUCAGAGUGGAUCACCUGGUCACCAUGUAGCAUCUCCUGUGGUGUAGGGAUGCGCUCCCGGGAGAGAUAUGUGAAGCAAUUCCCUGAAGAUGGCUCUGUAUGCACUGUGCCUACUGAGGAAACGGAGAAGUGCACCGUCAAUGAGGAAUGCUCUCCCAGCAGUUGCCUGACAACUGAAUGGGGAGAGUGGGAUGAAUGCAGCGCCACCUGUGGGAUGGGAAUGAAAAAGAGACACCGAAUGAUCAAGAUGAGCCCUGCAGAUGGGUCCAUGUGCAAGGCAGAAACUAGCGAGGUGGAGAAGUGCAUGAUGCCAGAGUGCCAUACAAUCCCUUGCUUGCUGUCUGCAUGGUCGGAAUGGAGUGACUGCAGUGUGACCUGUGGGAAGGGAAUGAGGACCCGCCAAAGGAUGUUGAAGUCUCUUGCUGAGCUUGGAGACUGUAAUGAAGAGCUGGAACAGGUGGAAAAGUGCAUGCUGCCAGAGUGCCCCAUUGACUGUGAGCUCACCGAGUGGUCCCAGUGGUCCGAAUGUAACAAGUCAUGUGGGAAAGGCCAUAUGAUCAGGACCCGAAUGAUAAAAAUGGAGCCACAGUUUGGAGGAGCUCCCUGUCCAGAAACUGUGCAACGGAAAAAAUGCCGAAUUAGGAAGUGCUUGCGAAACCCAUUGAUCCAGAAAAUGCGCUGGAGAGAGGUCCGUGAAAACAGGAGGAGUGAACCCAUGAAAGAAGAAAUUGAUGGUGAGCAGUAUCCAGGCUGUAGGAUGCGCCCAUGGACCGCCUGGUCAGAAUGUACCAAACUGUGCGGGGGUGGGAUUCAGGAGCGCUACAUGACUGUAAAGAAGAGAUUUAAAAGCUCCCAGUUUACCAGCUGCAAAGACAAGAAGGAGAUAAGAGCAUGCAACGUUCACCCCUGUUAGCAAAACACUGGCCUAAGAAGUUAACACACUCUGGGCUCAAUGGAAAGUUGGUUUGGUUUGGGGUUUGGAUUUUUUUUAAAGAAAUGCAAAUUGUGUAUAUUAGUUUUCAUUUUUGCAGUGUGGUUUGCUUACUAGGCUUGCCGGCGCAGGCAAUGAGUCCCUUUUACAAAUACUUCCUCAAAGAUGUGUGCUGGGCAUGACCUCCCAGAGCUCCAGCAGCCCUUUAGUGCAGAAAAAAAAAGAAAGAAAAAUCCUAGUGGGUCAUUGAAUACUAAAGUAGAUUGUAUCCAUGACUGUAUAGGAGAAGUAGACCAAUGUUCUAGGAAAGAGGAAGUGGAAAGGGAAGAAAGAUGGAAGCAAGGUAACUUGUUUCAUGUGGAGAAGCAUCUGUGUAUUUGAACCAGAGUUAAUGCUGCCCAAGCAUUGUGUAUCAGUGACAGCCCAAGAGUAUGGAAGGGUCAGAAGUCAAUCUCUGCCAGACCAAAGGGACCACCCUCCUUUUCUUCCCUGGUGUAAACCAAUCUUCUUCAGGACUUUGGUCCGUUUCUGGUGUCUUUGUUAUUAACUUUCUCUUUGGAUCUCCUUCAGAUGACAGGUCUUAUGUGAACACAUCAGCAAUUCUAUUGCAUUGAUUUUCUUUUCGAUUAAGAAAUAAUGAAACACAUUUAUUUUUAUUGUAUUCAACUCAACAGACAAGAGUCAUUAAAUGCAUACCACUUGAAGGGUUCCUAGUUGGCAAAGGGAGCGGGGAGGGAGGAUGCAAAGAUAAAAAUUGGUAUAGUCUCUGCCUUCCAGGAUCUUACCACUUUUAGCAGGGGGGAUAAGAGACAGUAUUACUAAUAAACAAAUUGGCCAAUGAUUCAUAUUUUAAACACUGGUUAGAAAUGGCUGGAUUUUUUUAAAAGACACUUUUUCCUGAUCUGUUACAUUUCUUUUAGAAGCCUUUUUGACAUAGGGAUGUACCCUCCUGUACUAUUUUCAUGACAUCAGAACUGUGGAGGCUGUCCUGGGUCCUCCUGACCCUCAGGUUGCCAACAAUUUCCUCAAGCUGGAUUCACACAACUUUGUCAUUUUGAAAGGCGUAUUAAUUUUUAAUCAUUUUUUAAAAUGAGAAAUGCAUUUGCAAUUAAAAAACCCAUUUUUCAUUAAACUGUUUCCUUUAUACCUUAAAACAUCUCUUAAUUUGAAAAGUGUGUAUUGGUGACCCAGAGAGCUGUCACAGAUCACAGAUACUUUGCAGGGAAAAUGGACCUGAGUUGAGAGGUAGCUCCAAUUUUUCCAAAUAUUUAUCUCUAUGGGGAUUUGUCUGAAAGCCUGCAGUCACAGGCCUUGGUACUAGGACCCAGGGGCAAUAACCUAAGUGCAAAAGGGACUUUUCUCCCAAGUGUCCCCAAACUCCACUGUGCAUCACAAAUUACCUUGUAAAUAAUGACCCCUUCUUGGAGGAUGAGUGCGUGGCUCCAGGGAUCCACUCUUCAGACUCCAUCCUAGACUAUUCUUUUUCCUUGGAGGCCUUGGUGUGAAGGGACCAAUAGCUCACUGAGGCCAAUUCUGUCUACUUUCAUUUCUUGAGAUUUGUUCCUUAAAAUUCCAGGUUAAUUUUCAUACCAGGGCUUUUAUUACUCCUUGCUCCAAAUAUUUACAUGGGGUCUCCAUGAAAUAUGUACAAUUCUUUGAAUGUCUGAAAUUCUUUGAAUAUCCAUCCUUCAGGAAGAAUUUCAAUUAAAUUUGUCAGGACAAUUUCAAAUAUGAUAUACAGAAGCUCUGUAUGUGAAUAUAUACAUUAUUUUCUUUAACAUAGGAGGCUGUUCAAUAAAGAUGUCAUUGUGGUUGCCUGGCAUGGUUUUUUUUUAAGCUAAUCAAUGAUCUGGGAAUUUGAAUUGUCUUAUUACAAAUCCCAGCAAAUUCAACUGUUUCCAAUAAAAGAUGCAGAGAGA